AUGGUGACACACUGGCAGCCGUUUGCUAUGGAUCUACAAACAUUUCUGCAAAUUCUCUCGUGUUCUGCUAUUUUAACAACAGUUUGCCUGUUCCUCUGUGGAAUCCCAAUCUGCAUUGAAAUCAUACGGCGGAAAGGUACGCAAGACAUCAGCGGCAUUCCGUUCCUUAUGGGAUUCAUAGGAGGUUCUUUCUGGUUACGAUACGGAUUUCUAAAAGAUGAUAGCGUAAUGAUCAUUGUGAACGUUAUCGGCACUUCACUUUUCUUCAUGUACUGCGUAUUCUACUUGACAUUCGCGACAAAUAGG